UUCAUUUGUCUUCGGAACGGCGGCGUGUAAAGAUCGUUAGAAAUUGGGUGCGGAUGAGAAAAACAGGAGUGUCAAAACUCUGAAAAGUGUUUUUAUUCAAAUUUAGUUGCAUGUUAACUAUCUUUGGGGUUACAUGUAAAGAAAAAAAUGAGCAGCUGGUAGUGAAGUUGUAAACAGAGAAGCGAACUUUUAAACGAGACUAAUUAAAUAGGUCUGAAAGAAAAAAUAACUGUAAUUUGACAAUUGUGACGUUCCGUAUUUUUUCGAAAUAAUAAAUUUAUACUCAGUGUUCUGAAAUGGGUCACCCGUCGAUCUCAUCCAGUCACGUUGACAAUACUGCAUCGCUGCCUAACGGUGAAGAGGAGUUGAAAAAACGUACGAGUUUCGAAAAAAAAUUAGAAAACGGAAAAGAUGUCGCUUCUAUAGCAGACUGCACCAUUGUGGGAGAGGCUCCGCCAUCAACUAAUCCCCUCAAGAAGAUAGGUCUCUAUGAGCCUGUUUACCACGUCAAUCUGGAGGAUUAUACGCGCACCUUCAAAGGCGACAAGGUGUUUGGCAUCGAAUUCAAAGCGCCACUUAAAUGGGAUAAAGUCAUUCAAAUAUUUUUGGUACACAUUGUGAGCAUUGUGUGUUUGUUCACAUUUCCGGUGGAACGACUGAGCAUAUACACAACACUCUGGGCUUUCUUUAUGGGUGGCGUUGCUGGUUUCGGUGUAACUGCCGGUGCUCAUCGUUUCUGGACGCAUCGUUCGUUCAAAGCCAAUGUACCGUUACGUAGCAUUUUGAUGAUAUGCUUCUCUGUUGCUGGUCAGAACACUCUCUACGACUGGGUACGCGAUCAUCGUGUGCACCACAAGUACUCCGAAACCGAUGCUGAUCCGCACAAUUCAAAUCGGGGCUUCUUUUUCGCCCAUGUUGGCUGGCUGAUGAUGCUGAAGCACCCGGAAGUUUUACGUCGUGGCCGACAGUUGGACAUGAGUGAUGUGAUGAAUGAUCCUGUUGUGCAGUUCCAUCAGAAAUAUUUCAUUCCCUUGAAAAUAUUGCUCUGCUUUGUGUUGCCUACCAUGGUGCCGGUUUACUUUUGGGGCGAGGAAUUGCAUUUGGCUUUCAUUACGCAAUGUCUGUUUCGUUAUGUUUGCAGCUUGAACUUCACAUGGUCUGUCAACAGCGCUGCCCACAUGUACGGCACACGCCCUUACGACAACCGCAUCAGACCCACCGAGAACAUUUACGUGUCCAUCAUCGCUAUGGGCGAAGGCUGGCACAACUACCAUCACGUCUUCCCUUGGGACUACAAAGCGGCUGAACUUGGUAAUUAUGUGGGCAAUUUUACCACAAUGAUCUUGGAUACUUUCCACCGUAUUGGCUGGGCUUGGGAUAUGAAGGAGCCAUCCAAGGAUUUAGUGCGUCGCGUUAUUGAGAAAUACGGUGAUGGCACACAUCCGUCGAAUGAUAAGACAACUGAUGCUCCUUCUGUUGGCCAUUUUCAUUAUUCGGAAGUUCCCGAUCCUGAAUUUGAGGCAUCCGAUGCGGAGUCUAGUAGCACGGAAAGCACAAAGCUGGAUGAAAAUGAGAACUUGAAGAAGAAAGCGCAAACGUAGAACCUAAUUAAGGGUUGCCAAAUUAACGGGCUAACUAUUGAGCGGGAGACGUCGGAGCUCUUAAAACUAUGGACGUGUGGCUGUUUAUUUAAUAUUUUUGUAAUGUGCUUCUAAUAAAUAUGGGGUGUUUCGUCUACAAUUAUAUAAAUUUUUAUAACAUAAAUUAUGUAUGAAUAAUUAUCUAAAAUAGUCUUAUACAAGUACGAGUAUAUACGUACUCGUACAUACAUAUAUUGCGUGUUUUAGUGAAGUAGUUGGUAUAUUAUGUAUUUGAUGUAUUUUUAUUUGCGGGUGUGCGGACGUUCAAGUGUAAUGCACAUUUAAAUAUGCAAAAUAUAUUUGAUAUAAUUAUAAAAUAGUAAUUUGAAAUUUGUGGCAUGAAACACAAACAACGGAGUUCUUUCCAUUUUAAAGUAAAGAUACACUUCGGAAAUAUAAUAUUAUAUAUGGUAGUUUAGUAAGUAAGAUUAUUAACUUUACAAAUCUCUUUUUAAACUGUGUACAAACACAAAAGGGUUAAGUGUUCUAAGGUUACAUAUCUACAAUUAAAGAGUUAAGGUAACAUUCUCAAUUAUCAUGGAUAUGUGUAAGUGUGUAAUACACCAAUUUUGGUCUAAAAGAAAAAUAAAUGAAAA